AUGGCUGAGAACCCCCUGGAAGGUCUCAUGUCCAUUGCAGUGGACCACCUCAGCAUCGGUCCGACCAUGUCGAAUCGACAAAAUCAGCAGCCCCGUCAACCCAACCCCCGAGCACCGCUGCCUGGGUACAGGAAGAGCAUACGCAGCAGCCGAGAGCCAAGAAAAUGGGUGCAGUCUGGAUCUGGGUCACAGUCCCAUACAGGUUCUGGCGGUCCUAUGGUCCAGGGCAGGGUGCUGAGGUCCCAGCACUCACCGGAGAACGCUGCCAGGGAGAGGAGUCGCGUCCGUAACCUGCGACAGGCCUUCCACAGUCUGCAGGCGGCUCUGCCCUCAGUUCCCCCCAACACAAAGCUGUCUAAAUUGGAUGUUCUGGUUCUGGCCACCAACUACAUCGCUCACCUGACAGAGACACUGGACCAGGAAGGGACUCUGGCUGAGCACACCCAGCCCUCCAGGCCCGGUGGAUACCUCCACCCUGUUAAAAAGUGGCCCAUGCGCUCUCUGCUCUACUGUGGCAGCGUGGGAGAGCUGCUGUCAGGAGCCUCGACCAAUCAGACACCAGCACCCGGACAAGACGGGACACGCCCACAGACCCCUACCUUAGAGGACGACACGAAAUGA